AUGCCGCCCUCCGCCCGGCGCACGAGUGCCCCCGCGGGGAAGCGGGGGAAACCUGGCAGCAUCAAGAAGGAGAAGACGAAGUACCACAAGCAGAAGUACGCCCGGGAGCAGGUGAUGCAGCGGAAAAGCGGCGGGGCCCACGGCAAGCCCACUGGCCAUCCGGCAGGGAAGAGCGAGGGUCGGAGGCCGCCACGCUCGGCGCGCACGAAAAACAUCGACAUCCACCUGGCAGCCAAAGUUUCGGCGGAGCUACGCGUGGACUUGUCACGGUUCAAGUGCAGGCUAAAUGCGACGGACCUCUUUGGACACGACCUCGGCCAGGUCUUCAAGCUCGUCCCAGCGCCCUUUGUGCAGCAGCACCUGCCAGACGACGUCAAAUCCCUCCGUUCGUACAUGAGCAAGUUUGAACGCGGGGCCCCGAGCACUGUGCAUGCCUUCAUCAUGUGGUACGAGUGGGCCUCCUACGAGGUAAACAAGGGCAAAGGUCAUAGUCAUGCCGCAAAAAAGCACGAAUUUGUCAGACAAGGCGCACCCGCGGCGGAGGAGGACGAGAACGAUGAGGAGGAAGCCAGGGAGGAGCAAGAAGACAAUAAGGAAAAAAGCCAAGGCAAGGUUAGUCAAACACGUGCCGUUUUAUCUAAGACUGUAAAAGAACGAGAACACAUUCGCGCCUUGUUACAAAUGUGUCUAAGGCACAAUUCGGCGCGUCGUCGAGCAGGGCAGCAUGCGUUUGUGAACCAUUUAAAGGCUAAGUUGGCCGAAGAUGCGGACUGCCAUUCUUUGAAAAGUCUGCGAGAAACGGCGCAUCAUGCCGUUCCCUACGCGCUCUCACGGCUACUACUUGGAAUGGUUACUGAAGACAUGGCAAUGAUUCUUUUGCAUGCACACACCUUAUUCCUGACACUGCAGGACACCGCUGUGACACCUUCCGUUAUUAUCUCACUCAUUGGUGAGGAACUGGCCUUGGAUGCUCGUCUGAAGGCGGCCAAGGCUCGGCUUGAGGCACGCGCGGCCAAGACGCAGACGGCGGCGCAGCAACAGCAGCCGACAGACGAGGAGUUGGAAGACAUUGACCCUGACGCAAUCAAUGACCCCACUAAGGGGGAACGCAAUCAAACUCUGAUCGCCACUGUCUUUGCAACCGCGGUGCUCGUCGCUAACGCCCGUAAAUUGCAGCAGGAAGACGCACGCCGCCUUGCCCAUUACUUGUGUUUCGCCUAUAUUGAGCAAAAGGCCUUGCGGGUGCUGACGGCGAACAUUCUUUUCAUGACGCUUGAGAAAUUCCCGGCUCUCUGGGACGAUGAAACGGUGUUGUAUUGGUUGUCGCACGCCUUUUUCCUUUACCCCAAGCUGGAGUACUACCGCCCGGAGGGUGUCCAGCUGCUGCUGCGCCUCAUGACGAUGGAGGAAAAGCCCCAGAGCCUAGCCAGGGGAGUUCCCGCCGCGGUGCUGAGGUACGCCGCCUUGGAUCCCUUGGAGCCCUCCACCGUGGAGCAGCUUGCCAACGCCUUGUUUCGCAGGGAGCAAGUCACAAUGGUGUACCCGAUGCUGCACCCGGUGUGGACGGACUGGUUCGAGAUUCUGGCGCAGCGCUGCGCUGCGGGGGAGUCGAUGAGGGAACACUUGAGCACGAUGGUGCAUAACGCCAUUGCGCCCUACCGCCGUGGCAACGCCGACGCCCCACGGCGUGCGUUGUUUCAGCAACUUGUCUCUCGCCUCGGUCAGCUGGCCGUUCAACACGACGAUGCGGAGCAGCGAGCCGAGAUGUUGCAGAUGGCCAGCAAAACGGUUGGAUAUGGCCCACGUACGAUCGCCAAGGCCACUGACAUCUCAGAGCUUCGACAGAUGCCGCUGGAUGUGCUUGACGCGAAGGUGCAUGACCUCCUCCGGCAGUACCGCACCACGCGCAGCUCGGACCCGUCAGCCUAUGCAAACCGCACCUGGAUCUUGCGCGAGUUGCGGUCGUGCCUGUACGUUCCCCUUCGUGAGGGUGUGGCGUGCACGUACAUUGACGACGCCGCCGAGGCACUUUUGGAGUUUGGCUUCUACCCAACUCCGCCGCACCGCGACACACGCAGCAUGAAUCGUGCCAUUUUUCUUUUUGCAGAGGUUUUCUCCUUCACGUACGCAGCGGCAUUGUCACGACCAAAGUGUACGUUGCCUCCCUUGAAUAUUAUUCGCGCCUACCUUGAGGCGGAGCAGCGCGAAAAAACGCGGUACACAACUGGGCUUAAUCAUAGUGCUUUUCGAAAGGCGCGAAAUCGCAUUGUGGAGGCACUGGAGAAUUCUUCGAAGCGUAGCGUCCUGUUUUACGUGGAACGCGACAUGCACAUACUGCUUGUGCUACUUUUCUUGGUCCUGAGCACUGACGACCACACCAAUGAAGAGGCGAAGGCGUUGGCGACCUCGACUGUGCCAGACCUCUGCCAGUUUUUCCUUGCGGGCUCGUUAGAGACCAUUGACCUCUUCUUUGAUGUGUUGAUGUCACUUGUUAUGCGGUCAACGGCGCCGAUUCACGUGAUGCCGCUGCUGGCAUGCAUUCGACGCAUUGCCACUGGGUACCUGCUCAAGUUCGCGCGCUACGUACGGGAGCGUGUGACGCUAGACUUGGUGCUUGCCCCUCUUCGUGAGGCCUUCCACACCGACGAUCGGGAGAAGGCGCGGCAGGCAAAGGCAAGGGGCGAGGUGGACAAGGACGACAGCGACGAAGACGAUGACGAGGGCGAGGCAUACAAUGAUAAUGAUAAGCAUAGCGACGGCGGCGAAGAGCCGCAGGAGAAGAAGGACGAGGGGGAGGAGGAUUCGGAUGCAACGUCCGACACAAGUGAGUCGGACGAGAGUACAGGCACGGAAAGCACGGCGCCUGACGAUGAGGCUGACGACGAUGACGCGGAGACGACGUCCGCCGGCGACGCGGAUGCUGCAAUGGAGGGAGAGCUGGAGGACGAGGGCGAGGACGACGACGAGGAAGAAGAGGCCCCCACGCAGCAGUAUGUUGACGCCCUCAAGGGCAUGAUUGGUAACGUGGAUCUGCAGUUUGUGUAUCCGGUCGAUACCUCGAAUAAGGAUAAGAGCAAUGUUGUGCGUGCGAUUCAAAUUGCCGCGCGUGUUGGAGCAUCGAUGCGUUCCCCGCUGAUGUUGCACAUUUUUCAGGUGCUCUUGGCCGUCUGCCGCGAAAAUGUGAAGUCACCGGACGAUGUCGUCUUCAAUAGUGCCAUCUCCUCGCUUCAGCUGCUGAUGAUGUCCAGGCACCGAUACUUUGGUCGCUUCCUCGCGCCGGAAGAGUUGUUUCAGCUGCUAUCCGACAUCCAAAGCUUCUGCCGCAAGUUAGAACACGUGUUGGUGCGCAAGGAGAGCCAGUCCGCUAAGCACGCGGUCGUUAUACGUCGCCGAAUGGCCCUGUUGAAGGACGUGGCUCUACGUGUGUUUCACUUUACCGCCUUCCUUGCCUAUAAAAACCACGCCGAUGAGGACGUCCGUGUGACACUUGUGGAGUUUUACAAAUCCAUCUUCUGCGACCGCGGCUGGGACGACAAAAAGCGAUUGCCAGGCAUCAAGCGUGACAUGCACCACUACCGCCACGGCUUUGGUUGGGUGGUGCUCCCCACGGCCUUUGAGAAAUUCCGCGAGGUGGAGGGAAUUGCGGGGCCGCAGCGCGUGCGUGUGUUUAAGGGUUGCUGCCAGAUGAUUGAGGCGAUGCUCCCACGGCUCUCUGGCCUGGGCGUGUCGCUGAAGACCGCCACCGGCGCCGCCAUUGCGUCGUUCCUGCAGUCCACAACCGUUCGGGGCGUGUACGAGAUGAAGUACACACUCCUGUACGACUACUUCCACUGUCUGAAGAUGGUGGCAAAGUACAACAGCCGCGUGCACCUUGACACCGCGUGGCUCGCCUCGGUUGUAGAGGAGGUCGUCAACGAGGAUGCCUUUCAAGUGUCCGCCGCGUCCAUUCGCCUCCUCGCGGCGCUGGAGCGGCUGCUCGGUCUCACACCACGCGCUAGAGAGACAAAGGCGCCCGUCCCGGUCAAGCUGCUCUAUCAACAGUUUGAGAAACAGGGGCGAAAGGAGAAGGCCGCCUUUUACAAGAGAGCAAAGCGGGUGCGUGCAAAGGUUGUCAAGGCUCUCGUGGCGUACCGCAACGGUGACUUGACCGACGCAGAGCGGGCCCUCAAACGGCGUCGCCGCGAGACGAUGAAGAUUGAUGACCGCCUAAAACGACAGGUGCUCCGUGAGGAGCGGUCGCGGGUCCUUACAAAGGAGGAAAGGGAGGAAAAACGCAAGCGCAUCAUGAUGGCCAAGCAGGAGCGCAUAGCGAAGAACCGGGAGCGCAAACGUCGUUUGCAUGAGCACCGCGAGAAGGCCUUUCAGCGCUGGCGGGAACAGAAGCUGGCGUCAGCGGCGGCAAUGGAGUGA